UGAAUUUUAAGUUGAUAUGUUUAGUGAUUUUUUCAGCUGAACUGUUUGUUUGAUUAUAAUCGGGUUUUGAGAUUCUUAGACAACUAGAUGACAUUUUGGGAAAUUUUGUAUUGUUUUGGGAGUUCUUAUGGGAAUGUGGUAUCAUUUCGGGGAUUCAGUUUUGUGUACUUGAAGAUUCUUCUCUUUUGUUGUUAAAAGUGCAAAGGGAAGGGCAGAUUCUAUAUAGAGAAGGGGUCCAAGUUACUUUAUUGUGUCCAUUUUGAUUACAAUAAUCAGAUAUAAUAUAUUCUCAUUCUUUCUGGAAUAUGUGAAUUUUGGGAUUGUUUCAGUUUGUUUUGAAGAGAAUCUUGGAGAUAAAGUAGCUUUUCGUCAUCCUAAAUUAGAUGUACUUUUAAUAUAUGAAAGUAUGCAAUUAACUUUAUAUAUGGUCUUUUCUAAUUUUGAGACUUCUUUUAGUCAAGGAAUGUUUUGUUACUUUCAUAAAGAAAUCGGGAGAUGGUACUAACACAUAGGCACCUAAGAAAUCAUAUUGUCUUUUCUGAUAAAUUUCUCAAGGUAGCUUCUAUAAUUCUCUUGAUUCUUCGGUAACAACUAUAGUAGGAUUUUCGUUUGCUAACUUUGUUUAUGUAGUACUCACUCUUAACUAUUAACAAUCUGUAACAUCACUCUGGACUGGAAACUUCGAACUUCAAUAAUAUUGAGGAAGCUAAAGUAGCAAAGAUGGUUGGCUAUUAUAGAACAAAAGGACAAGACUAAAUAGCAAUAAGAGUAUGCCGUGAGUUCUAUACUAGAGAGUAAGAAAAGAAGUAUCAAAUAAAUGCAACCUGUGAAACUAAACCAAAAUCCAACUCGAGGAGAGUCGUUCUUUGAUCAGAGAAAGAUGUCUUCGAGAAGGGAAAACACAAUGCAAUAGCAGGAUGUUUUCCUUGAAUGUCUGAUUUCCUUCUGUUUUCUUCCUUAUCCCAAAAGAGCAGAGUUGAUGAGGUUUCCCAGAUCGAGAAGUUUGAAGGAAGCUUAGCACUUAUCAUAGAUGACAGUAUGACAAUACUAAUGGCAUUUCAGACACCAGAAGUUGAGAUCAUAGGCUUGACUACAAUCUUUGGCAACGUAACCACAAAAAAUGCUACACGAAAUGCAUUACUUUUGUGUGAAGCUGCAGGUUAUCCGGAUGUUCCCGUGGCAGAGGGUAGCUCUGAACCUCUGAAGGGAGGGGAACCACGUGUUGCAGAUUUUGUUCAUGGCUCAGAUGGAUUAGGCAACUUAUUCUUACCUUCUCCAAACUCAAAGAAAAUCGACAAAUCUGCAUCUGAAUUCUUGGUGGAAAAAGUUUGUGAAUAUCCUGGUGAAGUGUCGAUACUUGCACUGGGACCAUUGACAAACUUGGCUUUGGCUGUCAAGAGGGACUCAACCUUUGCAAGCAAGGUGAAGAGAGUGGUUGUACUUGGUGGUUCCUUCUUUGCUUUAGGAAAUGUUAAUCCUGCCGCAGAAGCAAAUAUACAUGGAGACCCUGAGGCUGCUGAUGUUGUGUUUACGUCGGGGGCAAAUAUUGAUGUUGUAGGCAUCAACAUUACAACACAAGUCAAAUUGAAAGAUGCUGAUCUUGAAGAACUAAAGCAGUCCAAAGGAAAACACGCUAAAUUUGUGUGCGAUAUGUGCAAAUUUUACCGUGAUUGGCACGUAAAAUCAGACGGUGUCUAUGGAAUUUUCCUACACGAUCCUGUUAGCUUUGCUGCACUAGUUCGGCCUGACCUCUUCACCUUCAAGAAGGGCGUUGUGAGGGUUGAGACACAAGGCAUCUGCGUCGGGCACACCUUGAUGGACCAAGGGCUAAAGAAGUGGAAUACAAGCAAUCCUUGGACAGAUUAUUCCCCGGUUUCAGUUGCGUGGACAGUUGAUGUGGACGAAGUUCUGGAUUAUAUAAAGAAAACGUUAAUGAAACCGUGAUUACCAUUGGAUCUAUCGGUCUCUCCCAAGUGUGAAUCCUGCUCGGGAGAUCGAGGAACAUCGUGUUUUCUAACAUCUAUUACAGCAAUUGUUCUUAAUCUUCAUUUUUCCCUCCAUUCCUUGCAACUAAAUAAACCUCAGUUAGUUCUGGGAAAUAUGUAAAGGACUUAUAAAAUGGAGGUCAUUUUCAUGUAUGUAUUCAAAUUGAAAUAGGGUGUCAAUUGUCAUAUAGUUAAUCUUCCUUCCAUUUUUUCUUGA